AGAACUCUUUCCUUCAUUCCCUGCACCAACAAAAAUCCAGUGCGUAUCAGAGAGAGAAAGAGAAAUAAUGACGGAGACGACGGCGGAAUCGAUCGCGGCGGAUGCGAAGCAGCCCCACCGGUUGGAGAGGAAGUGGACGUUCUGGUUCGACAACCAGUCGAAGCCCAAGCAAGGAGCCGCCUGGGGUUCCUCCCUUCGCAAGGGCUACACCUUCGAUUCUGUCGAAGAGUUCUGGUGUUUGUAUGAUCAGAUUUUUAAGCCCAGCAAAUUUCCUGCAAAUGCUGAUUUUCAUUUGUUCAAAACUGGGAUUGAACCCAAAUGGGAAGAUCCUGAGUGUGCCUAUGGAGGCAAGUGGACUGUCACUAGCAGCAGCAAGGCUAACCUUGACAAAAUGUGGCUUGAAAGUUUGAUGGCUUUGAUUGGAGAACAAUUUGACGAGGUUGAUGAGGUAUGCGGUGUUGUUGCAAGUGUGCGCCAAAGAGGGGACAAACUUGCGUUGUGGACUAGGACAGCAUCCAACGAAGCCACUCAGAUGAGCAUUGGGAGGAAAUGGAAGGAGAUUAUUGAUGUUACGGAUAAGAUCUCUUACAGUUUUCAUGAUGAUGCUAAAAAGGAAAGAUCAGCAAAAGGUCGAUACAAUGUGUAACACCGCUGCUCCUUUCUGUUACCCAUCUGUGAUGAACGCAAUAGAUUGUGCGGGACAGUUUCUAUCUGUGCUCUAUUCUAUAUCAUGUUUAAUGGGAUGGCUUUGCUAGUAAGAUGCAUUUAAGUAUUUUGAAUGUACUCCCAUACAUUAUACUUGGCAAUCCUAUAUUCUUUGAUGGUGCUGUUUGUCAA